AUGAUAAAAUUUAAAAGCCGUAGCUCAAUCAAGCAAUAUCUUUCGAAAAAACCAGUAAAAAGAGGAUACAAAUUAUGGGUUUUAGCAGAUAAAUCGGGUUAUUGCUACAGAUUUGAUGUAUAUACUGGAAAAGUUGGCAAUCAAGUAACAAAAAAUCUUGGUGAGAAAAUAGUGAAUACUCUCACUUCAGAUUUAGUUGAAAAUGAACAUAGAGUUUAUUUUGAUAAUUAUUUUACAAGUGUAAAUUUAUUAGAAAUCUUAAAAUCUAAACAAAUCAAUGCUUGUGGUGUUGUUAAUAAAAUGAGAAAAUAUUUGCCAUCUUUCAGUAUAAAUAUGAAAAAUCGAGGAGAAUACGAAUCAUUUAUAAGCGAUACGGGAAUAAUGGCAACAAAGUGGAUAGACAAUAAGGCCGUCAUCUUUCUUUCAAAUUUUCACAGUUCGAAUCAAUAUUCCACAGUAUACAGAAAAAAUCAUAUGGGCAUUAAAAAACCAAUUACUUGUCCUUCUUUGAUCGCGGAUUAUAAUGAUCAUAUGAAUGCAGUGGAUAAAUUUGAUCAACUAAUGUCUAGUUAUAACCUUGAUCGUCGCAGUAAGAAAUGA